AAAAAAAAGAAAAAAAACGAACGUGCGACGCGGGCGAAGCUAUUGAAAGCUUUAUUUGUUUGUUCGGAUUGCAAAAUAUUCUGUUUCUGUGUUUUUUCAUAUUAGUCGUGGUUAAAUUGCAGUGAAAGAUCACCAUGGAUCCCAGUAAGGGUCGUGGCCGGGGUUUGGCCUUGCUCCAAGCCCUGAAAAAAUCACAAAUGAUGGAUUCGCCGCCACAGUCUGAAGAGGCAUCUCCAGAAGUAACACCAGGGCCUAGUGUUGCGCCAAGUGAGGUGAGCGCACAAAGUACAGCUGCCAUUGGAGGAAGAGGGAGAAUGGCUGCUAUGAUGUUGUCAAAUAUGCAGAAUAAAGCUGGAGGUCUGUCAUUCAGCCCAGCAUCAGAUGUCAGUCCAUCUCCAUCGGUAGCCAAAGGUGCUGGCAGGGGAUUAAAGUUGCUACAGAAUUUACAAACGGCAAAAGCUGCAGAUCCAGGAGGUCAGGGUGAUGUGAAGCAAGUCACACAGAAGAUGGCUGAAAGCACCAUAUCUUCAACUACUGUCCCAGCUUCAUCAGUGGCCAAGAAUAAGUUUUAUAGGGAAGUCAAAGAAACACCCCCAGUCGUGAAAAAGGGUGAGACUGGUACACCUGUGGAAGUCACGGCCAAUUUUGUAUACCUCAAUUUUGAGGAAAAUAACGUGUUUGAAUACGAGGUCAAGUAUGAGCCAGAUCAGGACUUCCGCCAUCUUAGAUUCAAAUUGCUGAAUGAACACAGUCACUAUUUUAAAGAGAAGACCUUUGAUGGUACAACUUUGUAUGUGCCUCACCGACUUCCAGAUGAGGCCACGAAUUUGGUUUCAACUAAUCCAUUCGACGACAGCAAAGUGAAUAUAUCUAUAAUAUUCCGUCGCACGCGCCGCUUGAGCGAAAUGAUCCACAUAUACAACGUGCUAUUCAAGCACAUAAUGAAAGAUCUACAGUUGGUGCGUUUCGGCCGCCAACAUUUCAAUGAGCACGCCGCCAUACAAAUACCGCAACAUAAAUUGGAGGUUUGGCCAGGAUACGUGACUGCCGUCGACGAAUACGAGGGUGGAUUAAUGUUGACCUUAGACUCUACUCACCGCGUGCUAAGAACGCAAUCAGUACUGUCCUUUAUAAAGGAGACUGUCCAAUCAGAAGGGUCCAAUUGGAAGAGAGCAAUGGCUGAAAGACUGGUCGGAUCCUCUGUAAUGACCACAUAUAACAAGAAACUGUUCAGAGUAGACAGUAUCGACGACACAAUGAAUCCAAGGUCUACAUUUGAGAAAAACGAGAAAGGUCAACUUGUGAAGAUCAGCUACAUAGAUUACUACAAGAAAAACUAUGGUAUAGACAUCAUGGAUUGGGACCAGCCGAUGCUCAUCUCAAGGGAUACUAAGAAGAUGUCUGGUUCUGAAGCACCUACAGACUUUAUGAUCUGCCUGGUGCCCGAGUUGUGUCAACUCACUGGACUGACAGACGAUCAGCGUAGCAACUUUAAGCUUAUGAAGGAUGUCGCUACGUAUACCAGAAUUACGCCUAACCAACGUCAUGCUGCGUUUAAAAAGUACAUUCAAAAUGUAAUGAACAACGAAACAGCUAAGAAUCGCCUCAAAGGUUGGGGUUUGAGUUUAGCUCCUGAGACUAUCAAUAUCACUGCUCGAACACUACCUCCGGAGACUCUUUACUUCGGCAACAAUGUUAAAGUGGCCGGAAAACCUAAUGCAGAGUGGAACGGUGAAGUCACUAAGAAUGCGGUUAUGCAAGCUGUCGAUAUACUGAGAUGGUCUAUUUUGUAUACGGAGAGGGACAAACAAGUCACGAUGGAUUUCAUGGAAACUUUGAAGCGUUCCUGCCGACCUAUGGGUAUAACUGUCUCAAACCCAGAUCUGGUCCGUUUACCAAACGACAGGACGGAUUCCUAUGUGAUGGCUUUGAAGAAAUGCUUCUCUGCGUCACUGCAGUUGAUCGUAGCUAUUUGUCCAACAGCCAGGGAUGACCGGUAUGCUGCUAUUAAGAAGAUCUGCUGUGCUGAUAACCCUGUGCCUUCUCAGGUGAUAAACGCGCGAACACUGAUGAAUCAACAGAAGAUACGUGCCAUAACACAGAAGAUUUUGUUGCAAAUAAACUGCAAACUCGGCGGUACUCUGUGGAAUAUCGCUAUCCCUUACAAGACUGCAAUGAUCAUUGGUAUUGAUUCAUACCAUGACGCAAGCAGAAAGAAGCGGAGUGUGUGCUCAUUCGUAGCAUCAUACAAUCAGACAAUGACCCACUGGUACUCUCGAGCAGUUUUCCAAGAGCGAGGGCAAGAGAUCGUGGAUUCCCUCAAGUCUUGUCUCGUCGAUUCACUGAAGCAUUACCUCAGGACCAACGGCAAACUGCCCGAUAGGAUUAUCAUAUACAGAGACGGCGUAGGCGACGGCCAAUUAAAGCUUUUGCAACAAUACGAGAUACCGCAAAUGCAAGUUUGCUUCUCACUAGUCGGCGUCACGUACAAACCUACGUUGACUUACGUCGUCGUACAGAAACGGAUAAACACGCGCAUAUUUAUGAAAGCGGGCAGUGGCUUUGAAAAUCCUUACCCUGGUACAGUGGUAGACCAUGAUAUUACUAGGCGAGAUUGGUACGAUUUCCUUAUAGUCUCACAGAAGGUGAACCAAGGUACAGUGACGCCCACUCAUUACGUAGUAGUUCACGACGACAGCGGCAUGACGCCAGAUCAAUGCCAGAGACUUACUUACAAAAUGUGCCAUUUGUACUACAACUGGCCUGGCACUGUGAGAGUGCCAGCACCCUGCCAAUAUGCACACAAAUUAGCAUACCUAGUCGGACAAAAUAUACAUCAACAGCCAUCCGAAUUGCUCUCCGACAAACUAUUCUUCUUAUAAGCAAAACCAACCAUAUACCUCUCUUAUUUUAAGUCCACUAUAAUAAGACUUUCGAAAUAGCAUCGAUUUAUAAACAAAUGCUGGUUAUAGUGUCCGGAGUAUUUCUAUUUUUGUACGUUCCAUUUUGACAUUAGUAAUUAAUGUUUAAUUAUUAUCUGCCGUUGUUUAGUUUUAAGAUUGAUGAGUAUAGUUAGAUUAAGAGACGUUAGCGUCACACGUUCGAUAUCAAACGAUUUUAGACUCAGUUUCGGAUAAAUUCUAGAAUUGUGAAUACUACUCAUCCAAUGAUCCGAAGAUACUGUUGAAAGAGUUCAACACAUAAAAAAAAAUAUAAUUAGUUUGGUUCUUUAGCAGGGUCUCUAGUCUAGUAGGUUAUAAUAUUCUAUUGUCAUGACUGUGCGUAGUUGUCUUAAUUAAAUUCCAAUUGCGUUAUUCUUUAAUUUUAUAUUUGUAAGAUAUUAUGCAAUUGAAACUUUAUUUUAGUUUGGCAUAUGUUUAAGAAACGUUAAAUCUAAGAGCACAUUAACAAGCAUUAAAAUGUAGAAAAUUUCGAAGAUAAUUGCAAUCAAAUGUUUGAACUCACUUAAAGACAUAAAAGAUAUUCCAAACAAUUGUGUUUCGUAGGCUAGACUAAAUAUUUUUGAAAAUUUUUCGCUUAAUAAAUUUAGUUUGAUUUCUAAGUUAUAUAUAAGAUUGUAUAUGCGUUAAGGCUUAAAACAUUAAGGAUUGAAUGUUGAACUUGGUCCCAAUUAUUAUCAUUUUUAUUUUUGUAAUAGGCAGAGCGGUCAAUUUAUAAAGAAUUAUAAACUUUUUGGGAUUAUAAACUUUAAUCCCACACAUAUUAUCCUUUAUUAAUAAACGAGGAAUAAGGUUGGAUUACUUAUUACCACAAAAAGUUAGACAUGCGUUGAACACGAGAAAAAUAUGUUAUACUAAAUUUGCCUAUACAUGAUUUGAAACAGUGCCGUAACUUUUUUAUAGUAAGAUCAUCUAUAUUUUGUCUCUUCAUUGAAUAGGCUAAUUGACAGUAUGAAAAAUAAAGUACCAAUUUUCAUAUUUAACGUGAAUAUUGGGAGUGACUUCACUAUUCAGACAAAAAAAUGUAAGUAUGUAUUACUAAAAGUCCUGACAGAAAAGUAUUUUUGAUCUAUUGUCAAGUGAACGCAAACGCCUGGGAUUGGCAAAGACUAAAAUGACUUCACACGCUAGUAAACUUCCGGUCAAAGUGACAUUACAUUGUAUCGUUUGACGGUUUAAUGACAGACGUGUGACGUCACAUACUAGUGAGACGCUUUGGGGGCGUCCAUAAAUAACGUGAGAUAUUUAAGGGGGGUGGGGGUCGAGUCAAAUCUCAUCUAAUCUUCGUUGGAGAGUGGGGGGUCUCGGCAAAUAUCACGCAAUUUUUUUUCUGAUUGAAACAAAAAAAAAAACUAUUUUGGUCCAUUUAAUCCAGAUUGUACACGAUUAAGAUUUAAUCUUAAGAGUAAGUAGAUAUUCUUUUUUUAAUCGCAGUAGUUACGAUUUAAGUAUUCUAUUGUUAAAUUUUUAUUACACUUAUAACUUUUAUUACUAUUGAUUACUAGUCUUAACUAGUCGUAAAUAAAAGCACGAAGCAAUUUUUUUUGUCAUUUCACAAUAACAUUCCAACACGUUUACGUAAGAAACCCACAUUUUUUUAAAUCUCACGUGAUAUUGGGGGAUGGGGGAGGGGGUUGAAUAAAAUCUCACGACAUCUCAC